GUAAAAAAAAAAAUUAUAGGUACUAAACCGUAAUUUGCCAAUGAUCCAUGAAUCCACCAAUCCAAUUGGAUUUGGAUUAAAUGGAUUGGAUUAGGUGGAUAUUUUUAAUGGAUUGAUGGAUUGGAUUGGUGGAUUGGAUUGAAAUUGCCACCUCUAUUCGUAGCUGCUAGUCAAAGGCUUCAAAGUUCAAACUCAUGGACUUGAGGUGAAACUUUGAUCAGACAUUUGUAAUAUCUGGAAACUCGUUUGUGAAAGUCUUCAUUUUGAUAAUGAGAUCGGUUCACAUGUUGUUGGGCAGUGCUGCCAAGCUCUUGCAGAUGCAGUGCGUGUGGGCUCGGACGAGUCUCCAAGAUACAUUAUUCCUAGAAUAUUGUUUCUUGACAAUUACUUUAGAUGUGAGGACAAGUCCUCUUGGGAGUGACCAAAUGUUUCUAAGAUGCUUGUCAUGGGCUCUCUGAUUCUACAGGCAGUUUUCAAAAUUUCCAAGUGUAAGUUGCAUCUUGUCAAGAACCAGUUGAUCCCAAUAGCUCGAGUUAUUGGGACCAAUUGGUUAUUGACAUGGUAUCAGAGCCUUCUGUGACCGAGAGGUCUUGUGUUCGAUUCCCGGUGACCCCCAUUUGUUAAGCACAUGGUAUUCUUGUCUUCAAACCUAUGCAAACUUCAAGCCCUUGUGAGUGGCUUUCGUUUGAGGGGGCAUGUUAGUGUUGUGGUAUAUGAUCCACGAUUAAACCUCUUCCAACAACUCGAGUUAUUCUUACGGAUAAUCUUAUGAUAAUUUUUUAUUUAUUUUUGCUGAGUUGUUAAUUACUUUGAUGUCUCUUUGUUGAUCUAUUUUCAGGACUUCAUAGAGCCCUAUAUCAAGAGUCUCACAUGCAUGGAAACGGAGCAAGUCCUCAAAGUUGCAAAGGAUGCUGGGGGAGCACGAGUUCUUGAGGCGUUUUUAGAUUCAGACAUCUCUGCCAAGCACAAGCGCAGAGUUAUUUCGAAGUAUGUGGCAUACAAGUCGGUUGCAGUUGUGUUUCGUAUAUAUAUUUCUCAUAUGACAUUCUUCUUACAUAUAAUUACUGAGUACGCUUUUUUGCGAUACAUCCCUCCUACUGUUGCAAUUUUUGGCGUGUUGUGCGUCUAGGCCUAAGACUUUCCACAUUCCCACAAAUAAGAACUCCUCCUCAAAAGACUUCCUCGCUUACCCGCCAGCGGGUCUCGACUGCUGCAGGCUGCAGCUGCCCGUCAAUGCUUUACCCCCAUUCCCCCUGCUCCUUGCGUCGACUUCGGCUGUUUUUCUCCAGUUUCCUGCUCUCUGCAUAUGUUCAUCCAAGCUGCUGCCCAUACUGCGCACUUACUUCUCUGACCCCCAAAUACCAUACCUCCUCUUUCCUGCCGUUUCUUCGUCCUUACCCUAGAAUCAGCGACCGCGAAGUUGCUGGCCAUACCUUGCAGGCGGCAAUAUCGUGAUUGUACCAUUCAUAGCUGCUUUGCCCCCAAAAACAGCAUUCAUCCAGCAGUGUUUCAGUCAUGUCCGUCCUUUUACCAUUCCACUAUUCUUUUCCAGAUUUUCCAAUCCCUCACAACUGUUUGCACACGCCAACGGCCAUCGAUUCGCCAGCUCUCGGUUCGGGGAAGAUUGAUAUCCUAUGCCUCACCCUGUCCAGUUCCUUUCUCCCUCAUAUAGCCAAUAUCCUGUGCCUCACCCUGUCCGGCUCCUUUCUCCCUCAGAUAGUCAUAUUCGAUUCUUUUGUUGGUUUGUUCCCAUUUUCCCCCAAUCGCUUCGGCUAAUCCUCUGAACCACCCUUGCGCUCAGCCUUUCUUCAGCUUCCAACAAUUUCUUCAGCUUCUAACAAUGAACUACACUGUCCUUUCCAAAUUGGCCUGGACGGACAAAGCUCCGGCGCUGAAAUUACGCCUACUCCACACUUGGAUGGGCGGCAAUCCGUUGCGGCCUGACUUCGCCGAAUUCGCGACGCUCUGGACAGAUGAGGAGGGUGUGCUGGUCCAGGGACUCGCGCCCGCGCAGCUAGCUUCCGGCCUCCAGGAAAGUCUCGCUGUUGGAGGGAUUUACUACAUCACCCAGUUUACCCAGCGAGAAUCCAAGAAACGGUGGGCUCCUUGCUCCAACGAUCGGAACCUGCAGUUCACUUCCAACACGGCUUUCCUUCAAUCUCCUGAUGACGAUUCCAGUUUCUGUGCCGAUAGUUUUGAGUUCCGUCAGUUGGAAGAGCUUGAACCACUUGCUGCCGCGCCUCAGAAUUUAGUGGAUGUUGUUGGGCGCCUGAUCUCUGUCACGCCUGUAACUUAUUUCCAAAAGCAAGAAAGAACCAGAAGGAAGCAAACUGUUGUACUUGAGAAUGAACGCAAAAAGACUCUACCGAUCACAUUGUGGGCGGAUUUUGCUGAUAGGCUUGCCCUUCCAGAACUGGUUCAAAUGGACGCAGCUGCACCGGUUAUUGUUGCAUUUACUAGCCUGAAUCUUUCGACUUGGCGAGGUAAUGUAGGUGCAUCAAACACCUCUGCAACUCGCAUUGUCGUGUCCCCAAGGGUAUUGCAGACUCAGUCCCUGGCUGUGCACUUUGGUGAUGCUAUAGGGACCAUAGGAAUUUUACCAACUGAAUGCGACACUCCUCAGAAGGCUUUGACAAUCUACCGUGAUUCCUUCCGAACAAUUCCGGAACUUCAGCUCAUUCAGUCCACUGCUUCAAUGGGUGGCAAGUUCCGCUGCAAGGUCACAAUUACCGACAUAGAUACAACACGAGACUGGUGCUACCUUGGUUGUGCUAUCUGUUGCAAAGCGGCUGUUCGUCGUGAUACCCCAUUCUGGUGUGACAAAUGUGAGGCGACGGUCCUCCCGCAUCAGCUUAAACAAUGCUUUCGUAUUCGGCUGAUGGGUCAGGAUAAUGGUUCGGCAUGCGCUCCGUUUCUGUUGUUGGGCCAAACUGCAGAAACACUUCUGUUGGUGUCCGCAAAUGCUUUGUUUGCGGCUUCCCCUGAUCGUGUUACCGGUUAUCCUCCAGAGAUACUGGAGUUGGUCGGCCAGCAACAUGUUUUCAUGGUCAAUCUUGCUGUCGGGCAGGUCUCUCAUCCGCUGGAUGAUCUUUGCGUCUCGGGUUUUGAGAAGGAGGAGCCGCUCGACUCCACUGAAAGGAAACCACAUGGACCUUAUUUCCAUAAAAAGAAAAGCAAUGCCAUCGCGACAGUUGCAAAUGCCAUUGCCUCAAGCCAAGAAACCUUUUUGCCUAGCUCUUCUGUACCAGUGCUCGAGUCCCCCACCAAGCGUCUUCGAUCUACUCAUUUAAGCGACACCACCCUCAGUGGCAUUGUUCCUGAAGAUGGCGAGGUCUUCACAGCUCCCCGACCACCACGCGGUCUUCUUAUCAGUGGAGUCGCUGGGGCAUCAGUGGAUGCCACCUGCAGUCCCGUCCUAGCCGCUUUGCAAAACCCAACUACGCCAGUUAAAUCGUCCGAGAAAUUGUCCACGCAAGACCCGUUACCCAACUUCCACUCACCAGUGUCCUCUAGCUUGAGUUCCCCGCUGGCACAGAUCAGCAUUGUCGAUGUACCUUUCGACAAGAAGGAAAAAGGAAUUUUGGCUGCUUCGUCUGUUCCAGAAAACAUUGGACCGUUGCCAUGCCCUUCCACUGAUAUCGUGAAUGCCUCUGCUGGAAUGGGAAGUGCCAACUUCAAAGACAAAAAACAAGUUGCUGUCACUUCUUCCAUUACCAUCCCACCCUCCAUGUUACCUAUCAACCCUGUUGGUCACCCUCUUGCAAAAGUGAAAAUUGAGAAACUGGACACUGCUCUGAAGAACAAGAAGAAACAAGCAGUUGAUGUUGAUGAUAUACCCAUUUCCAGCCUGAAAACAAAGAACUCUAAUAGGAAGCCUGUUGCGAAGAAGCUUUUCGAUGCAUGAAGCCAUCCUUGCUAUCACAACUAGACCUUUAUGUUAUUUUGUGCUGCCAUGACAAGUUCUCUUUUGUCUCCGUUUACAUCCUGCCAUGCUUAUGAAUUUUGUUUAGUAUUCCAAACUGUGGAAGUAGAACUUUCGUAGCACUGCCUUACUUUUCCAACAAGCUCAUUGUACCUCGACUCUGCUUUGUAUCACAACUAUUACUAUGAACUUCGCAGUGAGACUUUGCACCCAUCAUAACUUUUGUCACUUGCCUGUUCCGUCCUAUGGUUUCAGUGCUGUGUAGUUUUUUAAUGGAUUCCAGACUGUGGGAACAGACCUUUCAGAGCGCGGUCUUACUUUUUCAACAAGCUCAUUGUGUCUCGACUCUUCUUUGUAUCACAAUUGUUGCUGUGAAUUUCGCAUUGCGACUUUACACCCGUCAUAACUGUUGUCGCUUCCCUGUUCUGUCCUCUGGUUUCAGUGCUUUAUGAUAUAGAUGAACAUUUGUAUGCUCUACCUCAUAGAAAAUAACCAACAGAAAUUGAAAAACGCUUUGUAUUCCGACAGUUUUGCAUCGACUAGCACAUGCUGGAGCCAAAUCAGGCGGUUAUUUACUUUGUUUUAUCGAUUACAUAAAUAAUUGUUACGUUC